UCUGAGGAGGAGCCCAGGGCAGGGCACCCAGGAAGUGACCUCACCACCUUGGACAGGACCCCAACAGACUUGGAACCCUGGUUCCCUGGCAACCACAUUCCAUCCACACACAGACCAUCUCUAGCCAUUUGGCUUCAGAGCUGGUGAGGAAAGAUGCUCUCCCGUGCGAAGGGCCGCUCAAGCCCCAAGCUGAGCAAAGCCUGCUGCCCAAGCAGAGCGACUGGACUGUGCUUGCGGGACAGGAAUUGCCUGUGCCUUUGCCCUGUGCUGUGCCUGUGUAGCUGCUGUCACCUUGAGAAGCCGCAGCCAUAUUGCACAGAGACAACUGAUGUGAUCAAGGGCGAGCCGCCACUCUGCGAAGAGUCAGAGGAGGAGCAGGAGACAGAGAGCGUGUGCAGCGAUAUCCCUUACCUGCUGGUGUCGGAGGAGCGAUACCGAGGAGGCCUUCCUGCCCAGGCUGCAGGCUGCUGCCUCCGCAAGGGCCGCCGAGUGCACCUGGUGGUCAGCGAGAACCACCUGCAUGGGGACAUUGUCCUGCACAGGCCUCCCCAGAGCCCAUGGCCUACAGAGCACACUGCCCCACAGUGCUCACUGCUACCUGAAGGCACAGCUGAAAUGGCCAGAGCAGCAGAAGGGCCGCUGCCCUCUACUCUGUUUCCUGCACAGCCAGCCGGUCUGCAGGCACGACCACACGCCACAGCAGCCACUGCAGGGGCAGAGUUUCCUCUGUGCCCAGGCACCGGGACCUGUUCUACUCAGAAGCUGAACUUGUCCUCCUCAAAGGAAAACUUAAUAUUUUUCUUUGGUUAUUGUGUUGUAAUGUUUGCUCUCCUUUACUUUUUUAAGUAUUUUUAG